UGUGCACAACAGGGUUCUUAACCCCAACCAUGCUUCUCCUAGAUGCCCGGACCCACAUUCCUCACAGUGUCCUGCUGCUGAUCCUGUUUCUGGGAUUUAAAGGAGCAGCUAUGAAAGAGCUGAAGGUGAUCCAGCCUGAGAAAUCAAUUUCUGUUCCUGCUGGAGGAUCGGCCACUCUGAAUUGCACAGUGACAUCCCUGUUUCCUGUGGGACCCAAGAAGUGGUUCCGUGGUACAGGACACAAUCGACAGUUGAUAUAUUCUUUCACAGGAGAACACUUCCCCAGAGUAACAAAUGCUUCAGAUACUUCAAAGAGAAACAACCUGGACUUUUCCAUCCGCAUUAGUAAUGUCACUCCUGCUGAUGAGGGUACUUACUACUGUGUGAAGUUCCAGAGAGAACUAAAAGAUCCUGACAUUGAGAUUCAGUCUGGAGGUGGCACUGAGUUGUUAGUACUUGGAGCAGCUAUGAAAGAGCUGAAGGUGAUCCAGCCUGAGAAAUCCAUUUCUGUUGGUUCUGGAUGUUCAGCCACUCUGAAAUGCACAGUGACAUCUCUGUUACCGGUGGGACCCAUCAAGUGGUUCCAUGGUACAGGAAUCAGUCGACACUUAAUAUAUUCUUUCACAGGAGAACAUUUCCCCAGAGUAACACAAGUUGCAGAUACUGCAAAGAGAAACAACCUGGACUUUUCCAUCCACAUCAGUAAUGUCACUCCUGCUGAUGUGGGUACCUACUACUGUGUGAAGUUCCAGAGAGAACUAAAAGAUCCUGACAUUGAGAUUCAGUCUGGAGGUGGCACUGAGUUGUUAGUACUUGAAAUGAAGCCAUCAAAUAGUGCUAAAAUCCUUGCAGCUGUACUUCUUGGAUCCAAACUACUUCUGGGUAACAGCAUGGAAAUAGAUACUGAUGAGAAGCCAUUGAAGACUCCUCAAGAGACACCAUUAGAAGGACAACUUCAGCUCACAAUUCCCUGUUGUUUUUUUAUUGUUAGAGGCAUUUGUAUUGUUUUCCCAGAGCUUUAAUGCUGUGCAUAUUGAGUUAUAUUUUUGGCAUCUUUAUUUUCAUUAUUAAAAGAAUU